UAGUAAUAGUUUGGAUGUGCCGGGUUAGAAAUUUUAAAGUGUGGUUUAAUUUUAAAGUGGAAAAUUUGCAAAUUUUCUUCAAUAAAAAAUAUUAUUUUUUACUGUAUAAACAAGAAUGGAACCAAUGAGUUUAGGCAGUCCAAAUAAUAGUCCUGCGGCAGGAAAUAACCCAUAUCUUCCAUCAUUCCUAAUGGGUGACAAUCCAAGUUCGCCAAGCCCCAGAAACAUUUCAUCCUAUUCACCUAAAAAGCGUUCAUUAACUUUUGCUCAGUCUCCAACAUCACCUACAGUAACAUCUCCCGCUCCAGAAUUUAAUCGAUCUACUUUAGGGCAGAAAUCAAUAUUUUCUCAUAAUGCUAGUAUAUCUGGGCCGCCGAUUCAGGGUUUAUUUGACUCUCUUCACAAUGAACAAAAUCAAAUUCAAACACCAAUACGAAAUAACUAUCAACAAAACCAGUCUUAUCAAUAUCCAAUAAACAACCAAUCAGUCAAUCAGUCCGUAUGUAACGAUUCUUACUUAAGUUCAGGGAGCUUCAGUAAUUCAAGAAUUAUUUCACCUAAUGUAUAUGAAUACAAAAGUCCUACAAAUUUUUUAAAUCAAUGCCAACCACCACAAAAUUAUUCUGACUUCUGGGUCACAGUUUAUGGCUUCCCACAAAGUGCAACUUCUUUGAUAUUAACACAUUUUGCUCAGUGCGGUAGUAUAGUUGAUAAAGUGUUCCCAUCACAAAACGGGAACUGGGUGCAUUUAAAGUUUUCUUCUUGCUUAGAAGCCGAUCGAGCUUUAAAUUAUAAUGAAAAAAUUCUUGCAAAUAAUAUUAUGAUAGGAGUAACCAGAUGUAAAGAUUCAAAUGUAAUUGACAAAGAAAAUUAUAGUGAAAAUCACCAAUCCACAAAAGUGCGGCCGCUUUCGCAAUUAGCUUAUAAUAGUGCGCAAAAUGAAUCUGCUGUAAUUACUAGUCCAAAUGCUCCCCAAAGAAGUACAGGUUUAGUAAAUAAAGCAAUGGACCUACUCUUUGGAUGGUAAUAAAAAAAAAAUCAAAUUGCACAUCAGCGUAAAUGAAUGAGAAACUGUAAAAUAAAUAAUAGGAAGCUGAAUAUGAUUUUUGUAAGGGAACUUAUUCUAUAUUAAGUAAUUGUAUUGAAAAAAUUUUAAGUAAAUUAAUUUUGAAAAACAAACAUUAUUAUGAAACUCUUAGGUUGGUUCAAAGUUUUUAAACAUAAUUUUGACAAUAGAAUACACAAUAUACAAACAGUACCAAUAUUGUAACAAAAAUAAAAUUUUUUGA